GCAUUCGUUUCUACAACAAAUUAUUCUAUUAAUUUCAAUUUAUAAAAAAAACAACCUUAAAGGUCAAAAUGAAAGUAAUUAUUAGUCUGAUUUGCUUCACUUUUAUUUGUGCACUUAAUGCAUCCUCGAAUAUUGCCAUGAAAGGCGUACGCAAGUGUCCACAAACAUGUAACAGAAUGUUCCGUUGUGAUCCUUACUUCAAUGGUCCACCAACAUGGGCUCUUGAUGCUGGAGUUUGCAAACUCUUCAAAAGUAAUUGCGUACUUGAUAGUGAAAAUUGUCAACGUCAAAAUAAAUGCAUUCCAAAAUUGAUGAAGACGACUAAAGAAAUUUGCCAGAAAUUUUGCAGUACUUGUGAAAAUGUGCCAAAAAGUCCAGUAUGUAGCAUUUUUUCCAAAAUCACAGUAGAAGGUGAAAUGAAAGAUGAUUUUGAAACAUUUAGCAAUCAAUGUGAACUCGACAAAUGGAGCUGUCAUAAUGCUUAUGCCUACAUUUACGCUACCAAUGGAACGUGCCCAACAAUAUCUAAAAUUUAAGCUGAUUAAUCAAAUAUGGACUGAAGUUCUGUUCCACUUUUAAUAAAAGAAUAGUUUAUUGUAUAUAUACAUACAUAUAUUAAAUUCCAUAGCUCAUAUUAUAGCA